GUUGUCUUUAGUGUAGUAGUAGAGAAGCAUGCGCGCUGGAUAUUAUGGGUCUCGUUUGAGGUGGGGAGGAAGACUACUGCUGCGCAUGCGCGACCUUCUGCCUCUAGUUUGGUUAUGAUGGCGGCUGCGUUGAGAGGGAGCCUUGUAACAUUGGCCAAGGGUCUAAGCGGUGCCCGGCUGCAGCCACUGUGUGCCCGGUCUCUGAGUUUGACAGGCAGCCAGAAUGUUUCAGAGACCCCGCCUGCACGUGCUGACAGCACUUUCAAAGUCACCAUGCUUCCCGGAGAUGGAGUCGGACCAGAACUUAUGUCUGCUGUCAAAGAUGUUUUCAAGGCAGCAGAUGUUCCUGUGGAAUUUGAAGAGUUUCAUCUGAGCGAAGUGCAGAACAUGGCCAGCGAGGAGAAACUGGAAGAGGUCUUGUCCUCAAUGAAGAACAACCGAGUCGCCAUCAAGGGGAAAAUUCACACUCCCAUGGAGUACAAGGGUGAGCUGGCAUCUUAUGAGAUGCGACUGAGGAGAAAGCUGGACUUGUUUGCCAACGUGGUCCAUGUAAACAGCCUCCCGGGGUACAUCACCCGACACAAUAACUUGGAUCUGGUUAUCAUCCGUGAACAAACAGAGGGAGAAUAUAGCUCUCUGGAGCAUGAGAGCGUUACAGGUGUGGUCGAGUGUCUAAAGAUCAUCACCAGAGAGAAAUCCCGUCGAAUUGCUAAAUUUGCAUUUGACUAUGCCACCAAAAAAGGCAGAAGCAAGGUGACAGCUGUACACAAGGCAAACAUCAUGAAACUCGGGGAUGGCCUCUUUCUACAGUGUUGCGCAGAAGUGGCUGAACUUUACCCCAAGAUCAAAUACGAAACCAUCAUCAUUGACAACUGCUGUAUGCAGCUUGUGCAGAAUCCGUACCAGUUUGAUGUGCUCGUGAUGCCUAAUCUCUAUGGCAACAUCAUUGAUAACCUGGCGGCUGGGCUUGUGGGCGGGGCCGGUGUAGUUCCAGGAGAGAGUUACAGCGCUGAAUAUGCUGUGUUUGAAACAGGCGCCAGACAUCCCUUUGCUCAAGCUGUCGGCAGGAAUAUUGCUAACCCUACUGCUAUGCUUCUCAGUGCAUCCAACAUGCUGAGACACCUCAACCUUGAGUAUCAUUCAAACAUGGUGUCUGAGGCUGUCAGGAAAGUCAUCAAGCAGGGCAAGGUGAGAACGCGAGACAUGGGGAGUUACAGCACCACUAGUGACUUUGUCCAAGCGGUUGUGGGCAACCUGCGCUAUCGGACUGUUUAAGGAUGUUUACCCUACCCAAUGUCUUACCUGGAUCACCCUUUACCCCUCACUGCUUUUCUUAAUAUGUGCAAAGCCAAUCUUAAAACAGAUACAUCUUAUAUCUGUCUCUGCCUUUUACUUUAUAAUUUUUUUUUGUUCUGUUUGUCCCUUGCUUUGUUUUACCCUUCACUUAGCACCGCCUGACCUAUCGACCAAUCAGACCUUAACAACUUGUUCACUGUAUUAUUAGACCAGCAUUUGUUACAUUUGUCAAUUAAACUUUUUAGGGAUGCAUAACGAUUAAUCACGAUUAAUCUAUUGCAGAAUAAAAUUCUGCAAUAGAUUAAUCGUGAUUAAUCGUUAUAUGCAUCCCUAGUAUAGAUGUUUCGAAUCUGCAGUGGAAAAAUGUGUCGUAUCCUAAAUAAAUAUGUAGCAUAAGUGAUUAUUACACGCUUAAAUACUGCAGAUUGAAAUUGCAAUGCUUUAUUCUGUUCUAGUCCAAAAAUGCACUGUAAGCAUAUUUUACCAAUUAGAAACCUUUUGAUUUUUUCCUUUGAGAAUUUUUUUAAAAACAUGUCUGUGCAAGCAACAGUAAUAAAGUGGGCGGAGCUUAGCGAAGGGUCUAGCUGGUUACAGAUCCUUCUUAUUCAUUACAUCCAUCAUGUACAUUCAUUAUUUUCAUUUCUGUUUUCAAAGUAUUUGUUUCAUGCAUAAUUUUGCCUGACAUGUUACACUGUACUGCUAUGUUUUGUUCACUCCUAUGUUUUGUUCACUCCUUUUUGUUUUAGUUUUGUUUUGUUUUAUUUUAGUUUUCAAUUCUAAGCUGCUUGGUUUUUGUGGUUCUUUUUUGACUCUUAAAUUCCUGCUUUUCUAUGACAUGCCAGCAGUUGGGUGGUUUUCCUUUUAGAACUUCAAACAUUACUGCUGUUAUAAAUCCGAUGGGCAAUCAUUGGUUUUCAUGGUGCAAAUGUUCUGGCGUCAAAUGGACAGGAAGUCUAUUUUGUGUCAUGGCUGACUGACAGCGUUUAGGGAAAGUAUGAUAAAAGAAAUUGUUGAAUCAAUACAAAUGCAAAUAUCUGUUUGCCUCUCAGGCGUUUUAAUCUUACCUCAAUCAUUGCAGUAAUUAUUCAGCAUGUGAACUGUAGUCGACAUGUCGCCUUUGUAUUUUCUAAUCUCAGUUCCUGCAGUAUUACCUUUUCAGACACUCGACAGGGAAAUUGCGCACAAUUUUUUUCUCUUCAUGCCUUAACUGAGUUGACCAAUAUUUUGUCAAAUUUGAAUUUUCUUAGUGUCAUAAAAUAAAUAUGUGAAACCAAAUGGA